AAAGCUUUUACUCGUUUCGUUUCCUUUCUUAUAUAAGAAAAAAAAGAUUUCUAGAACCACCCGAACCCCUCCCGUCGCUCCGUAUUUCCAUCUCCUCUUGUUUUACAGCUUGCCACAUAACUUAUAGGGCAAUAACCGAUUUAUAAAUCGGUAAUUAUUUUUAGCAAUCAUGAGUGUGGUUGGUUUUGAUUUUGGUAAUGAGAACUGCCUUGUUGCUGUUGCGAGACAAAGAGGGAUUGAUGUUGUGCUUAAUGAUGAAUCAAAGCGUGAGACUCCUGCUAUUGUAUGUUUUGGCGACAAACAGCGUUUCAUUGGGACUGCAGGGGCUGCCUCAACCAUGAUGAAUCCCAAAAAUUCUAUUUCCCAGAUCAAGCGGUUAAUUGGGCGUCCCUUUUCAGACCCUGAAUUGCAAAGGGAUCUGAAGUCAUUGCCUUUUACAGUCACUGAAGGUCCUGAUGGAUUUCCUUUAAUUCAGGCACGGUAUUUGGGUGAGAUGAGGACGUUCACACCUACCCAAGUCUUGGGAAUGGUGUUUGCAGAUUUGAAAAUCAUAGGCCAGAAAAAUCUGAAUGCAGCAGUGGUGGAUUGCUGUAUUGGUAUUCCGGUAUAUUUCACUGAUCUUCAAAGGAGGGCUGUUUUGGAUGCAGCCACAAUUGCUGGAUUGCAUCCUCUCCGUUUGAUGCAUGAGACCACAGCUACAGCUCUGGCUUAUGGUAUUUAUAAGACGGAUUUGCCUGAGAAUGACCAGUUGAAUGUUGCUUUUGUUGAUGUUGGACAUGCAAGCAUGCAAGUGUGCAUUGCUGGAUUCAAGAAGGGUCAACUUAAGAUCUUGGCUCAUUCAUUUGAUCGUUCCUUGGGUGGUAGAGAUUUUGAUGAAGCUCUGUUCCAACACUUCACCACCAAGUUCAAGGCAGAGUAUCACAUUGAUGUUUUCCAGAAUGCAAGAGCAUGCCUUAGGCUUAGGGCUGCCUGUGAGAAGCUGAAGAAGGUUCUUAGUGCCAACCCAGUGGCACCUCUUAAUAUUGAAUGCUUAAUGGAGGAGAAGGAUGUUAGAGGCAUUAUUAAGAGGGAAGAGUUUGAACAAAUUAGCAUUCCGAUAUUGGAACGUGUGAAGAGGCCUUUGGAGAAGGCACUACAGGAUGCUGGACUUGCAGUUGAGAAUGUUCAUACAGUUGAAGUGGUCGGCUCUGCUUCUCGUGUACCUGCCAUAAUGAAGAUUUUGACCGAGUUCUUUGGAAAGGAACCUAGGCGUACAAUGAAUUCCAGCGAGAGUGUCUCCAGGGGCUGUGCAUUGCAGUGUGCUAUUCUUAGUCCCACUUUCAAAGUGCGAGAGUUCCAGGUCCAUGAAUGCUUCCCAUUUUCAAUUGCUGUAUCAUGGAAAGGUGCAGCUCCAGAUUCUCAGAAUGGAGCAGCAGAUAAUCAACAGAGCACUAUUGUCUUCCCCAAGGGCAAUCCCAUUCCUAGCAUCAAGGCUUUGACAUUCUAUAGGUCAGGGACGUUCUCCAUUGAUGUACAAUACGCUGAUGUCAGUGAAUUGCAGGCUCCAGCUAAGAUCAGCACAUACACGAUUGGUCCUUUCCAAUCUACAAAAAGUGAACGUGCAAAAGUGAAGGUGAAAGUCCGCUUGAAUCUGCAUGGGAUUGUGUCUGUUGAAUCGGCAACUCUUUUGGAGGAAGAGGAGGUUGAAGUUCCUGUCACAAAAGAGCCAGCAAAGGAACCUGCCAAGAUGGAUACUGAUGAAGCUCCCAGUGAUGCUGCCACUAAGGGCCCUGAAGAAGCAGAUGCCAAUAUGGAAGAGGCAAAACCAGCUGCUGAUGUUUCUGGGGCUGAAAAUGGUGUUCCUGAGGCUGACAAGCCAACACAAAUGGAAACUGAUACCAAGGUUGAGGCUCCCAAGAAAAAAGUAAAGAAAACAAACAUCCCUGUGUCAGAGGUGGUUUAUGGUGGAAUACUGGCAGCUGAAGUGGAAAAACUACUAGAAAAAGAGUAUGAAAUGGCAUUGCAAGACCGGGUUAUGGAGGAAACAAAAGAAAAGAAGAAUGCUGUUGAAGCUUAUGUCUACGAUAUGAGGAAUAAGUUAAGUGACAGAUACCAGGAGUUUGUCACUGACCCUGAGAGGGAGGGAUUCACAGCUAAACUGCAGGAGACAGAAGAUUGGUUGUAUGAGGAUGGUGAAGAUGAAACCAAGGGUGUCUACAUUGCCAAGCUUGAGGAGCUCAAGAAACAAGGUGAUCCUAUUGAAGAGCGCUACAAGGAGUACACAGAGAGGGGGUCUGUGAUUGAUCAGCUUGUUUAUUGUGUCAAUAGUUACAGAGAGGCAGCAGUGUCUAGUGAUCCUAAAUUUGAGCACAUUGACUUGACUGAAAAGCAAAAGGUUUUGAACGAGUGUGUAGAAGCUGAAGCCUGGUUAAGAGAGAAGAAGCAACAUCAGGACUCACUUCCCAAAUAUGCCACUCCAGUUCUUUUGUCAGCUGAUGUGAGAAAGAAGGCUGAGGCACUUGAUAGGUUUUGCAGGCCUAUAAUGACGAAACCAAAACCAGCAAAACCAGCCACUCCUGAGACUCCAGCAACUCCACCACCUCAGGGUAGUGAACAGCAACAGCAGGGAGAAGCGAAUGCUGACCCCAGUGCUAAUGCUGGUGCCAAUGAGACUGCAGGAGCUGCCAGCGGCGAGGUGCCACCUGCUUCUGGAGAACCAAUGGAGACUGACAAGUCCGAGACUGCAUAAUUCAAUGCAGCAACAGAAUCUGUCGUAUUGAAUUAAGAAAUUUGGUCCCGCUGUAUCAGAACAACUUUUAAGGAGGCUGAGACGAACUCUUUGGUGGGCUGACAUUAUGUGAGGAUGUGGGUCUUUGAUGUCUUUCUCAUCUUUUCACCUGUGAAGCCCUCCCAUCGUGUGUGGUUCACGUAAUUUUAUCUUGAGAGCUAGUCUCUAGAACCCGUUUUUAAAGAAAGGGGGUUUUAAGAGAGGUUUAGACCUCAAAGGUCCUUUUGCCCCGACUUUUGUUGUGCAGAGACCGGAGUGUACUCUUUUUUGAGGGUCAGUGUUUUAAGUGCCCCCUAUUUUUUGGUUUUUCCUUUCUGUAGGAUGUCCUCAGCAUCAAAUAUUGGCUUGUUUUUUUUCCCACAUUGUUCCUAAUAUAAACUUUCAAGUCUUGCGUUGCCUACAAAGCAGGGUGCCUGAUUCUGUUU